GCCAAAAAGUAUAUAUGCGAUAUGUUAAGCUCGUUUGAAGUGUCAGAUCUUUCUUAAAACUCUUGCAUGAUUUGCUAUCCUUCCCAACCUUUGUUUCCACCACAGGAUUCAUUUGAAAAAUAAAUUAUAUCGUUGUUGCCGUCAAAAAAAUACUAUGUCGUUGUCUGCUGAUUUAUUCUCUUCCGAUGGUUGUGGUGGCUGUUUAGCAAAACACAAAGUUUCAAAAUUUUCUAGCAAGACUCAGUCAUCUCUGCUGUGUCUAGACCCGUUCCCUACGAAUGUGUUCUUAACUUGUUAUAUACUCCAGCACACAGGGCCAGCCACAGGGGUGUUCGCUUGUUGCCGGAACAAAUAUCCAAAGGUCAGAGUGCUACAGGCGUCCAGGGGCAGGGCAGAGCUCUCGACUAAAUAUCCAAAUAUCCAAAGUACUUCCUAACUAUCCAACCAAGGAGUAUGGAAGUGCGGUGUCUACAGCUUGGACUAGUCUGUCUUCUGCUUAUGUUGGCGUCACAGGACGCCCCUGCUCUUGCGGUUCCUAACUCUCAAUGCCAAAGGCAGUGUGGUGGCGUUGACAUCCAUUACCCAUUCGGCAUAGGUGACAACUGCUCCCUGUCACCAGGCUUCAAUGUCAGCUGUGAUGAGGUACAAGAUGGCAUCCCGAAGCCAUUCAUCGGUAGCGUCGAGCUGCUCAAUAUUUCCUUGAUUCAUGGCACAAUCCGGGUGCUCAACCCCAUCUCAACAUCCUGCUACAACUCCUCUUCCGGUCUCAUGGAGGGUAAUCCAUGGUUGAUCAACGCUACUGAUUCUCCCUAUCGGUUCUCUGACGUCCACAACAAGUUCACUGUCAUCGGAUGCAACACCCUUGCCUACAUCUCGGGUAGCGACGGCACAGGCUACCAGAGUGGCUGCGUCUCGACGUGCAGCAGUCUGUCAGACUUGGCUGAUGGUUCCUGCUCUGGCAUGGGCUGCUGCCAGACGGCUAUACCCAAGGGGAUGGCCUAUUACGAUGUUGGCUUCGACAGCGGUUUCAACACAAGCCAAAUCUGGAGGUUCAGCCAAUGUAGCUAUGCCGUGCUGAUGGAGGCGGAAGCGUUCAACUUCAGCACAUCAUACAUCACCACAACCAAGUUCAACGACACAAGCAUGGGACGAGCACCCGUGGUCAGUGACUGGGCUAUAAGAGAUGGGACGACGUCGUGUGAGGUUGCCAAAAGGAAUGAGACGGGCACUUACGCGUGCCUCAGCACCAACAGCGAGUGUGUGGAAUCCCCCAACGGGCCAGGGUACCUAUGCAACUGCUCCAAAGGGUACGACGGCAACCCGUAUCUUCCAGAUGGAUGCCAAGAUUACAAUGAAUGUAAAGAUAUAUCGUCAUGCCCCUCAGGCAGCAUCUGCCACAACACGAUAGGAGGAUACCGGUGUUCGUGUCGAACAGGAAGGAAGUUUUCUGAGCAAAACAAAACAUGUGUCCCUGAUACUGGCCUCAUCAUAGGAGUUACAGUUGGCUUUCUUGUUCUCGUGAUUUUCUCCUUCUUUGGAUAUAUGAUUCUUCAAAAGAGAAAACUGAACCAAGUUAAACAAGAACAUUUUCGACAGCAUGGAGGCGUGCUCUUGUUUGAGAGGAUGAGAUCAGAAAAGGGUCUUGCUUUCAUUGUGUUUAGUGAAGCUGAACUUAUACAAGCCACAGACAACUACGAUAAGAGCAGAAUAAUUGGAAAGGGAGGCCAUGGGACAGUCUACAAAGGGAUAGUUAAGAACAACAUGCAGGUUGCAAUUAAGAGAUGUGCACUGAUCGACGAAAGGCAAAAGAAGGAAUUUGGUCAAGAAAUGCUAAUACUGUCCCAAAUCAAUCACAAGAACAUUGUCAAACUCGUGGGUUGUUGCCUUGAGGUGGAAGUUCCGAUGUUAGUCUACGAGUUCAUCCCUAAUGGCACACUAUUCGAGCUUAUCCAUGGGAAGAACCAAGCACUGCAAAUCUCGUUUAGCACCCUGUUAAGGAUUGCUCAUGAAGCAGCUGAAGGACUCAAUUUCCUCCAUUCAUAUGCAUCUCCUCCGAUCAUCCAUGGUGAUGUGAAGAGUGCCAACAUCCUUCUUGAUGGUAACUAUAUGGCGAAAGUGUCAGAUUUUGGAGCCUCCAUACUAGCACCAUCCGACAAAGAGCAAUAUGUCACAAUGGUCCAAGGUACUUGUGGAUACCUCGACCCUGAAUAUAUGCAGACAUGCCAACUCACAGAGAAAAGUGAUGUCUACAGCUUUGGUGUUAUCCUUCUUGAGGUCCUCACUGGCCAAGAGCCUCUCAAGUUGGAUGGACCUGAGACGCAAAGAAGCUUGUCAUCAAAUUUCUUGUCUGCUAUGAAGCAGAACAAUCUUGAUGCGAUCUUGCCAAGCCACAUGAAGGGACAAGAGAGCAAUGAAUUGAUCAGAGGGCUUGCAGAGCUAGCCAAGCAAUGCCUGGACAUGUGUGGCAGCAACAGACCAUCGAUGAAGGAGAUUGCCGAUGAGCUUGGUAGAUUGAGGAAGCUUUCGCUGCAUCCUUGGGUACAGAUCAAUGUAGAGAUGAUAGAGACUCAAAGCCUUCUUAGUGGAACACCAACUGCUAGCUUUGAAAUAGAAGCCAGUACAACUGGGUAUCCUACACAAGAAGGUGAGAACCUGCCCAUGAACCCAAGAAGUUCGUACUAUGCUAGGUGAUUAGCAUAUGUUGUAAUGUAUUCCAUUGAAACUUCUACUGCUGGGACAUUUGCGAGCUAGUUGUUCUACUAUCUAAUGUGUAUAUACUGUUACAGAAACAAAGCUCUGCCUAUAUUUACCCAUUCAAGUAUGUAUAUGUGUUUCUGCGCAGCACAUCUGCAACACAUAAUACUCCAUGACAACAAAUUUAUAAGUUGUUUCUUUAGAUAAGUUUAUACAUCUGAAACAUUACACAUGUCAAUAGUUGUAAUUUAAUUUGUAGCAUUCUAUGUUUAUACGCAAUACUACUAUAUAUAGAAUAAUUCAAUGUAGAAAAUACAUUCAA